AGCCCUGUGGCAGCAGGCUGGAGGUUGUUGUGGGUGCCGCCAUAGCCGCGUUGCUGGUUGUGCUGGUGGAGAGGCGCAGGUGGCUGAGGCAGUGCUGCCCUGUGAGCUCCCUCCCAGCAAGAACCUCUGCAGGACCCCCGACUCAUCAGAAGCUGGGAAGGGUGUAGCCCUGCAGACUGCUACAUGCUUCCCAGGCUGGAGAAUAUAAACACACCUUCAGUGUUGGUGUCAUUUGAAGAUGUGGCUGUGGAUUUUACCCAGGAAGAAUGGCAGACAAUGGACAACACUCAGCGGACCCUGUACAGGGAGGUGAUGCUUGAGACCUAUGACAAUCUGCUGUCCGUGGGGUACUCCAUGACAAAGCCUGAUGUGAUCUUCAAGUUGGAACAAGAAUCAGCACCAUGGACAGUGGAGAAAUCAGUGAAACAGAGACUUCCAGGGAAAAAACCUUAUGAAUGUAGUGAGUGUGGAAAAGCUUUUAUUCAUAAGUCACACCUCAUUAGACAUCAGAGAAUCCACACUGGGGAAAAACCUUAUGAAUGUAAUGAGUGUGGGAAAGCUUUUGCUCAGAAGUCAAAUCUCAUUAGACAUCAGAGAGUCCACACCGGGGAAAAACCUUAUGAAUGCAGUGAAUGUGGAAAAGGCUUUGCUUGUAAGCCAAACCUCAUUAGACAUCAGAGAAUCCACACCGGGGGAAAACCGUACGAAUGUAGUGAGUGUGAAAAAGCUUUUGCUCAGAAGUCAAAUCUCAUUAGACAUCAGAGGAUCCACACCGGGGAAAAACAUUAUGAAUGUAGUGAGUGUGGAAAAGCUUUUGCUCAGAAGUCAAAUCUAAUCAUACAUCAGAGAAUCCACACAGGUGAAAAACCUUAUGAAUGUAGUGAGUGUGGAAAAACAUUUUCUGAUAAGUCAAGCAUUAGAUCACAUCAGAGAAUCCACGCUGGGGAAAAACCUUAUGAAUGUAGUGAGUGUGGAAAGGCUUUUAUUCAUAAGUCAAACCUCAUUAAACAUCAGAGAAAGCACACAGGUGAAAAACCUUAUGAAUGUAGUGAGUGUGAAAAAGCUUUUAUUCAUAAGUCACACCUCAUUGUACAUCAGAGAAUCCACACUGGGGAAAAACCUUAUGAAUGUAAUGAGUGUGGGAAAGCUUUUAUUCAUAAGUCACACCUCAUUAGACAUCAGAGAAAGCACACAGGUGAAAAACCGUAUGAAUGUAGUGAGUGUGGAUAA